AUGGCACCUACCAGCCACGCGCCAGGGGCACACAAGGAUCUCUCCGUCUUUCCAGAAGCCCUGAAGGGGAAGAAAAUCCUGCUCUGCACCGAGUCUUUCGGGCCUGUCAACGGGGUGAGCCGGACGACGAUGAUGCUCGUCAACCACCUGCGCGAGAACGGGUGCGACCUCGCCGUCGUGUCGCCGCACAACUCUACCCAGGUCAACACGUUCAUGCCAAAACUCGCAACCACCAGCACCGCCACCACAUCAACAUCAAAAUCAACAACAAACUCACCGACGCCAUUGACAGCAUUAUCGAGCGAUGUGGCUGAUAGCCCCACGGCGCACUUCAAGAAUAUCGAAGUCCGCCUGCACGGAUACCCUGUCCCCUUCAACCCCGAGCUCAGCAUAGCCUACCUCGUGAGGCUCUCGGAACUCUACCGUCGCACCUUUGGCUGCCCACCCGAUCUGAUCUACCUCGCCUCACCUGCCAGCCUUGGCUUCCAGGUUAUGCUGCAGCUACGGCAGCGACCCCGGGCCGACCAGGUGCCCGUGAUCUGUAAUUUUCAGACCGACCUUGCUGGCUACUGCAAAACGUUGUUCCCAUGGCCCUUGGGCGACAUCGCAGACUACACUUUCGCCGCAGUUCAGAGUUUUCUUUUCAAGCAUUCGAGUGUUCGGACCAUACUUUACCCUAGCACGUAUGUGCGCAGAUACCUUGAGCGCCAACGCGUCCAGAGGGACAAGAUGGAGCUGCUCACACGGGGUGUGGACGCGAACACGUUCCAUCCGAGUAAGAGGAGCAAGGCGCUGAGGAAGAGCAUUGCGCCCAAUGGCGAGAUCAUCCUGAUAUGCGUAGCGAGGCUCGCGGCGGAGAAGAGCUUUGAUUUCCUCGCCCUUGCAGCCCGGGAGCUGGACGCACGUGGCCUGGACUUCAAGCUGUACAUUGUCGGCGGCAAUCGCCAGGCGGAGGUUGAGGCCGAGGUCAAACAUCUCUUCGCGGACAUGACGCGCAAGGGCAAGGUCGAUUUCGCAGGUUUCAAGGCCGGAGAGGCACUGGCGGAGGCGUACGCCAGCGCUGACCUGUUCCUGCACUGCUCCGUCUCCGAGACGUUCGGGCUCGUGGUCCUCGAGUCGUUUGCAUCGGGGGUGCCUGUGGUAGCGAGGGACAUGGGCGGGCCAAGUGACACGGUUGAUGACGGCGUUAGCGGGUUCCUCACGCCGCCCGAUGACCUUUCUGGUUUUGUGGACAAGGUUGUCCUCUUGGCGACAGACGACAAGCUGCGGGACCGGUUCGGGGCGAACGCUCUGGAGCAGGCGCGGGAGGCAACGUGGGAUAAGAUCAAUAACAAGGUAGCAUGGGAGAUGGUGGACACGAUCCGCCAGAGGGAAGAGGAGCUGGAAGGAAUACGGCUGGGUGGCGGCGAUGUAGGUGGGCGUCGGGGCGCCUCUGCGGUGCCGAUACUUGGGUGGCUGAUGCUGAGCGAUGCGGUGCGGGAAACGGUGAUAGGCUCCAAGCUUGCUGCUGCCCUGGGUGUCAUUGUGGGCUUUUGGGGCCUCGUCAGCGUGUAUCUAGUGUUCACAAAGGCUGCGCGAUGGGUCAGAAGCUUCUUCAGCAGGCCAUAA